AAUGUUUCCCCAAAUUCUGAGACUCCGCAAAGGCGCAAACCCUCUCUCUUCAUCCCGACGUCCUCCCCUCUUGCAUGUCUCUGAAAUCUCUUGCGCAAAUUCAAAUUGAUAUCCAAUAAGAUUCCGAAAUCUGUGCUACAUAUUAACAAAAAUAGUCCCUCUAAUUCUCUCCAGAGACUGCAAAGGGAUAUUAGGGUUAGGUCACAAACACGCAUGGCGCACAGGUUGCUUAGAGAUCUUGAAGCCGAUGGUUGGGAACGCUCCGACUUUCCCAUAAUCUGCGAGUCUUGCCUCGGCGACAACCCUUACGUUCGCAUGACAAAAGCGGAUUAUGACAAGGAGUGCAAGAUUUGUACAAGGCCGUUCACGGUUUUCAGAUGGAGGCCUGGUCGUGAUGCAAGAUAUAAGAAAACAGAGAUUUGUCAGACUUGCAGUAAGUUGAAAAAUGUCUGCCAAGUUUGCCUUCUGGAUUUGGAAUAUGGACUGCCAGUGCAAGUUCGAGACACCGCUCUGUCCAUCAAUUCUAAUGAUACUAUUCCCAAGAGUGAUGUCAAUAGAGAGUAUUUCGCCGAGGAGCAUGACCGCAGGGCUAGAGCUGGUAUAGAUUAUGAAUCUUCUUACGGGAAGGUUCGCUCAAAUGACACUAUUCUGAAGCUUCAAAGGACAGUACCAUAUUAUAAAAGGAACCGUGCACAUGUUUGCAGUUUCUACAUCCGGGGUGAAUGUACAAGAGGUGCUGAGUGUCCUUACAGGCAUGAGAUGCCCAUAACUGGGGAGUUGUCACAGCAAAAUAUUAAAGAUCGUUACUAUGGAGUCAAUGAUCCAGUGGCACUCAAGCUACUUAACAAGGCUGGAGAGAUGCCCUCUUUGGAACCUCCCGAGGAUGAGAGCAUAAAAACCCUUUAUGUGGGAGGGCUUGAUGCCAGAAUCAGUGAGCAAGAUUUAAGGGAUCACUUUUAUGCUCAUGGUGAGAUCGAGUCUGUUAGGAUGGUUCUACAACGAGCCUGUGCUUUUGUAACCUACACAACCAGAGAAGGGGCAGAAAAAGCUGCUGAAGAGCUGUCAAAUAAACUAGUAAUAAAGGGAUUGAGGUUGAAGCUUAUGUGGGGUAGACCACAAGCACCCAGACCAGAGGCAGAUAGUUCGGAUGAAGCAAGACAGCAGGCGGUAGCUCAUAGUGGGUUGUUGCCUCGAGCUGUCAUAUCCCAGCAGCAAAACCAAUUGCACCCGGCCAGUACACAUGACCAAGGCACAUCCAUGCAGUACUAUAACAUCCCUCCUCCACCUCAGCAGGAGAGGGCUUAUUAUCCAUCAAUGGACCCUCAAAGAAUGGGUGCCCUUGUUACCUCGCAAGAUGGGGCUCCCAAUGGGCCGUCAGGAUCAGGUGAGAACAAAUCUGGACUGGAAAAGCAGCAACAGCAUUAUGCAUUUCAAGCUAUGCCACCACCACAUGGGCAAUACCACCAGCAAUAUUAUCCUCCAUAUGGAUACAUGCCUCCACCGCCACCACCUUAUCAGCAGUACCCUCCAUAUCAUUCCGCAAUGCCCACAUCACAACCACCGCCGAUGAACCAGCAGUACCAGCAUUCUGCGACACAAGGGCCUGCACCUGCACCCUCAGGUUCUACACCUGCAUCAUCUGGGUCUGCUCCAGGGUCUACAACAUCUGAAUCUGCUCCUCCUGGGUCUACACCAUCUGCAUCUGCUCCUACAGCAGCUUCAUCUCAGCAAUGAAACCUAUCCUCUUGUAUUGUUUUCAAUUUUGGUUAUAAAAUCGACUUACUUGAUUAUUACUCGACUCAAACUGGCCUUGUAAUAUGAAUUUGAAAAUGUUUACUGGACUUUCUGCAGAUCAUUCAAGUAUUCAGGGAGUAUUAAAAUCA